AUCUUUGAUACUAUAAUGGACAUUAUUUACACUACUACUACUACUUGCCAUUGCGUAAUUCUUGUUGAUUUAUCUACGUAACAAGACCGGCGUUAUAUACAUAUAUCAUUCUACAUCUCCAAUGCCUAGUUCUUUGCAAAUCCAUAUGAGUAAUCUCCUCAAGAAAGUAAGUUUCUUGACCAAAGUGAACUUCAAGAACAAGCCCACCAAGAAAUUAUGUGCUCUUGAUUUCAUAUCAUCUUUUAGAGUCAUGGAUGUCUCAAGUCAACUUAAGCAAGUCUUCAAGUUUUUUGAUAUCGAUGGAGAUGGUAAAAUUUCUCAAGUGGAGCUCACUCAUGUGUUGUUGACUUUUGGCCAAGAUGAGACAAAGGCCACCAUUGAAGCUCAAGGAAUACUUAAAGAGGUUGACUUUAAUGGAGAUGGAUUCAUUGACUUGGAUGAGUUCAUGACCAUCAUGGAUGAUCCCAAGCCAGUUUUUGCUAGUUUAAAGGGAAAUAAUGGUGAUGAUGAUCUUAGAAAUGCUUUUAUGGUGUUUGAUAGUGAUAAGAAUGGACUCAUUUCAGCCAAAGAGUUGCAAAGGGUGCUCUCUAGUCUUGGAUGUACCAAUUCUAAGCUUGGACAAUGUAGGAAAAUGAUUAAAGGUGUUGACAAAGAUGGAGAUGGGUUUGUUGACUUUGAGGAAUUUAAGUCAAUGAUGUCUAUUGGUAUCAAAUAGGUUUGGUUUUGAAAGUUAGCUACAACUUUUCCUGUGUUAUCAAGCAAUGAAGACUUGUAUAUCAUGUAUUGUAAUGUAAUGUACCAUUACCAAACCAAGUUAUACAUGUUAUCUUUGUUUA